AUGUCACUAAAACAGGAAAUCGAGACAUGGGUCGAAGCCCUCAAGUUCUACGACAACAAUGAAUUCGACGAGGCGCUUCAAUCCUUUGAUAGGGUCUCGGACACCUCCAAGAUCCUUUUCAACAUGGGUGUGAUCAACGCGACCCUCGGCCAGCACGAACAAGCGGUCGAGUGUUACCAACGCGCGAUUAAGCUUGACCAGUAUCUCGCCGUGGCAUAUUUCCAACAGGGAGUCUCGAAUUUCCUCCUCGGCGAUUUCGAAGAAGCAUUGGCGAACUUCAAUGACACACUUCUGUACCUCCGCGGCAACACUCUCAUCGACUACUCCCAGCUUGGGUUGCUGUUCAAGCUCUACUCGUGUGAAGUGCUCUUCAACCGUGGUCUUUGCUACAUCUACCUUGAGCAAAUGAAGUCGGGGAUGAUGGAUUUGGAGUACGCUAUCAAGGAGAAAGUUGUUGAGGAUCACAAUGUGAUCGAUGACGCUAUUCGGGACGAAGCCAAGGGGUACACCGUCUUCUCUAUUCCCGUCGGCGUUGUCUACCGACCGAACGAAGCCAAAGUUCGAAACCUUCAACAAAAAGAUUACCUUGGCAAGGCGCGGCUCGUGGCCGCAUCCGACCGGGGCAACGCAUUCACGGGCUUUUCUGGAACCGAGCUCAAUAAGGGGGUUACCAUCGAAGCAAAGGACGACCGACCCACCGAAGCGCUUUCGUUUGCCGCUAGCAAUCUCGUCAAGCCCGGGCUACAGAGCAGGCGACAGCAGUCCGAACCACCCAAUAGCCGCAACGUGUUCCCACCUACACCACCUCCCGAGAAUGAUAAGCCUGCAGGCAUGAGCCGGGGGCAGUCGGUACGCAACGGGCCGAAACCCCCACCCAGCAGGCUUAACCUCGAAAAGGUACGAUCGAAUGAGCGUUACGAGAAGGCGACUUCUCCCGAUGAUGGACGGCCACGGCCAGCCCGCUCAGCAUCUGCUGCCCCAGCCCGAGGCUUCUCUCAGCGUGACCCCCCGCCAUCUAGGAGGAGGAAGGAGGAGGAGGAAGACGCUUACCCCGAUGAUGUCUAUGACAUGUACAGCGGUGGUAAUGGCGGUGGUGGCGGUUCGCGGAGCAGCAGGUCCCAAAGAGGCGGCGGUGGCCGCACACGGGACCGGUACAUUGAGGAAGAGGAGGAAGACGGCUCUGACUACGACGACGCAUCUUUCGACGAGGGCGAUUUUGAGAUGGUGUCGAGCCGCCGACCCGGCCCUGGUUCCGUCCUCUCUGGUGGCUCAAGGCGCGGGUCCUCCAAGAGGGACACUCUCCGUACAAUCCGUGUCAAGGUCCACGCCGAAGAUGUGCGCUACAUUGUCGUUGGCCCUGCGAUAGAAUUCCGCGAUCUCGUUGAUCGGAUCCAAGAUAAGUUUGGCCUGCGCCGCAGGUUUAAGCUCAAGGUCCGGGACGACGACUCGCCUGAGGACAUGAUCACGAUGGGAGACCAAGAUGACUUGGAUAUGGUCAUGACGACAGUGAAGCAAAUUGCGAGGAAGCAAAGAUCGGAAACAGGGAAGAUGGAGGUCUGGGUUCAAGAAAUAUAA